AUGACGCUUGCCGCCGUGGCCGACGACAUGGAGUCCGGCGGUGAGCGCAACGGGAGGCGCGCGCGGUUCACGGAGGACUGGUGCUGCUGCGCCUGCGCGGGGCUCUUCCUGGGGCCCAACCCGAUGAUGGCGCGCUACCUGUACGCGCUCAUCUUCCUCGUCACCAACCUCCUCGCCUGGACCCUCCGCGACUACGGCAACUCCGCGCUCGCAGAGCUCCAGCGGCUCAAGGUCUGCCAGGGCGCGCGCUACUGCCUGGGCGCGGAGGGCGUGCUGCGGAUCAGCCUCGGCUGCUUCCUCUUCUUCUUCGUCAUGUUCCUGUCCACCGUGAACACCAGGAAGGUGCACGACUGCCGCAACUCGUGGCACUCCGAGUGGUGGCCGGCCAAGCUCGUCCUCUGGCUCGGCCUCACCGCCGUCACCUUCCUCGCGCCGUCGCCGCUCGUCCAGCUCUACGGGAAGGUGGCGCAUUUCGGAGCAGGGGCGUUCCUGGUGAUCCAGCUCAUCAGCGUCACCAGGUUCAUCAUGUGGCUCAACGACUGGUGCCGGUCAGAGAUCACCCAGAAGAGAUGCCACUUGCAGAUUCAGGUGGUGUCCAUCGUCACGUACGUGGGGUCCCUGCUGGGGAUCGUGCUCAUGUACGUGUGGUACGCGCCCAGCCCGUCCUGCAAGCUCAACAUCCUCUUCAUCACCGUCACGCUGGUGCUCGUGCGGCUCAUAACCUUCGUCUCCACGAGCUCCAAGGUGAAGGCAGGGUACCUGGCGCCGGGGCUGAUGGGGAUCUACGUCGUGUUCCUGUGCUGGUCAGCGAUCAGAAGUGAGCCGCACACGGAGGUUUGCAAUAGGAAGGCGGCAGUUGCCACGAGCGCAGACUGGGUGAACAUCGCGAGCUUUGUGAUCGCCGUCAUCGUCAUCGUGGCGGCGACCUUCUCGACGGGAAUCGACUCCAAGUGCCUCCAGUUCAAGCAGGCGGAGGGGGAGUCGGAGGAGGACGACAUCCCCUACGGCUUCGGCUUCUUCCACCUGGUGUUCGCCAUGGGCGCCAUGUACUUCGCCAUGAUCUUCGUCGGCUGGAACGCGAGCCACACCAUGGAGAGGUGGACGAUCGACGUCGGGUGGGCGAGCACGUGGGUUCGUAUCGGCAACGAGUGGCUGGCGGCAAUCGUGUACAUAUGGAUGAUGAUCGCGCCCGUCAUCUGGAGGACAAGGCAGGUGGGAUCGUCGGCGGAGACAUGA